UUUGUUCUCACUUUAUUUCCAAUUUUAAUGAAAUAAAUAAAAGAUAUGUCAAUGAAAUUAUUUCUGAGAUGUUAUCAAAAUAUAGAUAUUUGAAUUGAUGAAAUUGUGUGACAUCUAAUAACUAAUAUAAUGGAUCAUUCAAACUUCAAUUAAUCGAAGAACCGAUUACACGAACGCCGGACAAUCAAGAUAUCGAUUUGUCAAAAUACUCAGGCAAACUAGAACAUUCUGAAACAUAAAAAUGGAUACUAAAAACGAUGAUUUUUCUUUUUUCUUUUUGAUGCUUUUGCUUUACAGAAGAAAGAAUGAACGUUUCUAGGAAUAUAGAGAAACUUCAACAUUUUAUAUUUUUUUUUUAUUCGUAAUUUAUUUUAAAUAUACUUUACGUCAAAGGAAUUUGAAAAGUUAUUAUUUCAGAUAUUAGUCGCGAUAUUUUGGAUUACCAACCGCAAUGGUUAUUCAUCAUUAAUGAUUCAUGAUACUGUAGUUAAUGAGUCCAAUUAUAUGCAAUAAUAUGAAUAAUAAAAUAGAAAUACAUCCUAUAUCAAUGUAUAAAAUUAAUAGCUGUCAAAAAAGAAUAAUAAUAAUAAUAAUAAUAAUAAUAUAAUUGUUAUAAUAUUUACAUAAAAAUUUUGAUUUCAUGAGCGAAAUUGUCGACAAUUUAUCGAGUGGCUGAAUGUUAAGAGAUUGAUAAUUGUUGCAUCUAGAGCAGUUACGUUCUAAAUUUUGGGAACAGGAAAACAUACACAAGUAACAACGAAACGCUCGAGCAAACAGAUCCGUUUAGGACAGACAACAAGCAAUUCUUUAUCGUUGUUUUCGAUAGAACGUCGGUAAAUUUAUUUUACGGGUUCAUUUCAUUUUUCCCACAUUGGAUAUUAUAUUCCUCAAUGAAAAAUCGAUUUAUUUCGAUCGAACAGAUAUACGUUACUUCGAGUUAUCUCGAAUCUUUUAUUCGAAUUAAUUAAAGGGUCAAUCAUUUGGAAAUAAUUAUUAUUAUUACGAGAUAAAUAGCUUUUGUUUCUUUUUUUUUUUCUAUCUUUCUUUCUUUCAUCAGAAAAAUAAGUAUCCUAUGUAUUACCCUUCAUUUUUUCUUUACAAAUCAAUUAGAAUAAUCUUGAAUUAUAGAUGGAAAAAAAGCUAAAGAAAUAAAUAAACAAAUAAAAAAUAAAUAAAUAAAAGAGAAAAAGAAAAUGAAAAAACGUUUAAGAUUCAUAAUUAAUUUCAUUCUGCUCGUACGAUGGUUCUGACGUCAACAUACGACGAUGACGACGACAACGACAACUACGACGAAAGGGACAGGGACCUUUUCGCAGGAUUAUCGAUUUUCAACGUUUCCAGGUUUCUGGAGCGACACGUGCAGUGCGCAAACUCUGAGGUCGUGCCACCGACUCACGAAGAUUCCGUGUGGUCACGGAGCGUCGCGAGCGUCGCGAGAGCGUCGUCGCCAUGACGAAAUUCCGCGAAAAAGAGUCUACUUUUCUCGAGUCAAGAGUAUUCCAUCUCUCUCCCUCUUUCUUUUCCAUUGUCUGUCAUUCUUCAUCUACUAGAAUUUACCAUCAUCCUUUGUGCCAUUCCUCUAAUACGUGUAUAGAAAAUUCCGAAGGAAAAUGUCGACGGAUCAUCAGUCUUUUUCAAUUUUUUCUUUUUUUUCUUCUUUAUUAUUACCAUAAACGCGAUGAUUUUACGAUCGGUUUUUAAUUCGAAUUAAUAUAAUACAUAUACACAUACACACGAACACGCACACACAUACACAAAUAUAUAUGUACAUACAUAUAUAUACAUACGUAUACAUAUCAGGUGUUUCAAUUGCUUCGAAAAUGAUUGAAGAUAUUCGUGUCAGCUUUGUGUGCUUCCUGAUCAUAACUUCGAUCGUCCUCUCUGAUGCAGGUCAAUUUAUGACGAAAGAACAUCGAACUCAUGCUGCUUCCGAACGGCCAAACGAUUUAUGGUGUUAUCAAUGCAGUACCAUGCCUGAUGGGGAAUUGUGUUCCGAUCUUUCCACUAAUCACAGUUCCUUUAUUCAAAAGUGUCAGGACGAUAAAAGAAUUUGCAUGGUGAAGCGAUUUUCUUAUACGACGAGUACAGAAAAUUCGACUUCCAGUCCUCAAUUAUGGUCGUUGGAAAGAAAUUGUACGAGCAAAUGUGAGCCCGGUUGCAUCGUUAUCGGUGAAAGAACGAAACUUUACGCUUGCACCGCCUGUUGUGAUAAAUCUUUGUGCAAUACCGGAACCGGAACUGCCAACGAUCUUACGAUGAAAGAAAUCAAUUUCGUUUUAGCUCUUAUACUUCAAAUCGUAUUAACAAUUACCAUGUAUCCAUCGUGACAUUAUUGAUAAAAUAUUAAAAAAUAUUAAGUUUCACGCA